AGACAGAGAUAGACAGAUAGACAGACAAACAGAGCAAUAGGCAUCUCGUUUGUCUGAUCGUCGUGUCGUAUUGUGUAGAGAUGAACACUCGGGGGCAGCAGUUCUUCCGAGAUGAGGUCAGGAUUCACACCCGCCCUGAUGCUGAACUCAGAUCGUCGCAGUUAUGACUAGUAUCUGUCGACAGGAGGCGCGUGUCAUCCAUUUGAUCACAUCCGUCUGAUUGACAGAAGGUUUUAUGUUACCUGCAGUAAGACAAACACUCAGACAAACUUACUCAAAGUCCCACUCUUUUAUAUUGCGCUCGAGCGACACGACGCAGGAGACGCGUCCAGUCCGUUCUGUUGCGCCCAUUCCCGACCGUUUCCCCUGGUGAUAGGCAAAUCGACGUGUUCUGAUUUUGUCGCUGAUAGUGUAAAUGGGGGUGUGAGUGAAGUUUAAGGCGGAAGUCGAACUUGCACUCGCGCGCAUCUGUCGCUCGACUUUAUUGAUACGUUUGGCCGCUCGGACCCCCGCGUGAAAACCAGCCGGCUUUGUCUCGACGCGUUUAUGAAGUUGCUGUGGUGUGAAUAAACCCGACUGAGACAGAUGAGCUCUUUUUACAGCGAUAAGGCUGCGCUAGGACUGGCUGAGGAGCUCAGUCAGGUGCACUGUCAGGAUGAGCUGGAGUUUGACUAUCUUUUUGAGUAUGGACCCACGACGGACCUUCAAGAUGAACAAAGCAUCUCCUCGCACAAAAACUUCAUCUCUCAUCCGAGCCUCUCCUAUCCUGUGGAGGAGGCUCAACCGUAUGGCAUCAAGUCGUGUACGGCUUCCUUCGCCGAACUCAACGAAGGAUUCUCCGGCUAUGAGCAACUGGAGCCUAAGAGCUUCCUGGAGAACGCCAGACCCAACAGCCAAGCCCUGAGCCCCCGAAUCGAGAUCACGCCCUCCCGUGAGCACUAUAGUCAUGGUCGAGACUCGCUCCAGAACCCUCUCUUGAACACCAGCCCCAGUCCCGGUCUCACCGUGCCUGGUCAAGACCCUUUGGCUUACCGGGAGCCGCAGUGCUUGAGUCCCGCCAGCAGCAACUCAUCCACCUCCUGGCACUCAGAGAGCUACUCUCCUUGGGCUUCCCCUUGCGUUUCGCCCAGCAACAGCCAAGCAGCUGGAGAACUUUGCCCGCGACUCCAGGGCAUCCACACGGGUUCCCCUCGAACCAGUCCGGGCACUUCUCCGCGAACCAGCCUGGUGGAGGACGGCUGCGUGGGGCCACGUUCCCCUUCACCCCGGCCCGGCUCGCGUUCCACCUCUCCUCUAUGCAAACGGACCUACGACAUGUACAGAAACCUGGUGCCAGUGGUCCGUUCACGCAGCCCAUCGCCCCACGGUGGCCACGAAGAGCAUCACGCUCCCCAAUAUGGCUCCAAUAACAUCUCAGGGGUCAUGAAUGGGUUCGGCGUCGCCCAAGCUAGUUCCAUUCCUACCAAAAUCGUGAAGACCAACCAGCAGAGCUACACGCUUUACCCAGACAACCACACUGAGAGUUACCUGGUGUCAUGUGACCAGGAUGUGAAGACCAAACCUGGCCCUGAACCGUUCUUCGUUCUCCCUCAAAUGUGGCCUAAACAGCUGGUGCCUGGAAUAUGCAGCAUCCCCGUGGCUUCCUUGCCCUCGCUGGAGUGGCCUCUGCCCAGCCGCACCGAUCAGUACGAGCUCCACAUCGAGGUGCAGCCCAAACCACACCACAGGGCUCACUAUGAGACCGAGGGCAGCCGCGGGGCAGUCAAAGCCCCUACCGGAGGUCACCCGGUGGUCCAGUUACGUGGAUACAGAGGCAAGGAGCCGCUGGGUUUACAGAUCUUCAUUGGCACGGCAGACGAGCGAAUCCUGAAACCUCAUGCUUUCUAUCAGGUCCAUCGCAUUACCGGCAAAACCGUCUCCACCAGCAGCUACGAGAAGAUCAUCAGCAACACCAAAGUCCUGGAGAUUCCUCUUGAGCCAAAGAAUAAUAUGAAAGCAGUAAUUGAUUGCGCCGGGAUUCUCAAGCUUCGCAAUGCCGACAUCGAGCUGCGGAAAGGGGAGACGGACAUUGGGCGGAAAAACACGCGUGUUCGACUGGUUUUCCGUGUUCAUAUUCCCCAGCAAGGAGGCCAACACGUGUCUCUGCAAGCUGCUUCGCAUCCCAUCGAAUGCUCCCAGAGAUCUGCCCACGAGCUGCCCAUGGUAGAAAAGCAGGACAUGGAUGCCUGUUCAGUUCUCGGAGGCCAGCAGAUGAUUCUCACCGGUCAGAACUUCAGCUCAGAUUCAAAGGUGAUCUUCACGGAGAAGACUCACGAUGGACAGCAAAUUUGGGAAUUGGAAGCUACAGUUGACAAAGACAAAAGCCAGCCGAGCAUGCUGUUCAUUGAAGUGCCUCCGUAUAGAGACCCAUCCAUUUGCCAUCCUGCCAAAGUCAACUUCUACGUAAUAAAUGGGAAACGGAAGCGCAGUCAACCUCAGCAUUUCACCUACAUGCCUCUACCAGUUCCCUCUAUUAAGAAAGAGCCAGUGGAUGAAUAUGAACCUGGUCCGAUGGGAUAUUCCUUGUCACAAAUGCUGGGGGUGUCUCCACAGCCAUACUAUAACCCUCGUGGGGUCAUCCCCCCAGACAGUGGUCUGGUACCUGGGCUCGUCCCCUGUCAGCAGACCCGCCUGGGUGUCUCCCCUCCAGACCACCGAUUUCAGCAGCAGAGUCCAGCCAUAAUGUACACCCGUCCUGGAAAGAGCUUGUCAAGCAGUCCUAUUUACUCUCAGACGGGAGCCACUAUGAUUCCAGACUCCCAUCGAUCAGUUCUGGUCCACACUGGUUCCCCAGCCCAGUCCUCUCAUCUGGCUGGCCAGCAUCCUUCCAAUCAGCAUCCCUCAAUCAUCCAGUUCUCUCCCACCAACCACCACCUGCUCAGAGGUGGGGAUCCUCCUGCGCCACCACCUCCAGAACAUCAACACAUCAUUUAUUGCGAGGGCUACAAUCAGCAUGGUCCUCAAGCCACAGCGGCAAAUCGUUCACCAGAACCAGCCCAGGCCCCUCAGCACCCUCAGAAUUACCCAACAGUCAUCCAACAACAGCCCUUCCUCCAGAGAGUGGCCAAAGACAGGUCACCACCUGUCCAAGCAGAGCCCCAGAGAUGUUCCUCAGCAGAAGAACAGAGAACCAGCGUUCCUGGACGUGUCACAGUCAAGCAGGAGAACUUGGACCAGGCCUACCUUGAUGAUGUGAAUGAGAUCAUAAGGAAGGAUCUGACAGGAGUGCCUGGCAGGGGUCAGACAUAGAGGAAACCCCUGAUUGGGAAGCACGCA